GGCGGCAUGGCCCGGGGGCCCCGGGGCGCCGGCUUCCCGCCUGGGCGCCUGCUGUCGCUCCUGCCGCUGCUCAGCCUGGCCCUCGGUGUGCCCCGAGCGCCGGGCGCGGACGCUUUAGAUGUCUGUGCCACUUGCCAUGAACAUGCUACCUGCUUGCAAAGAGGAGGGAAGAAGAUGUGUAUUUGCAAAUACGGAUUUGUGGGCAAUGGGAGGACUCAAUGUAUUGAUAAAAAUGAGUGCCAGUUCGGAGCCACUGUGGUCUGUGGGAACCACACAUCUUGUCACAAUACACUUGGAGGAUUUUAUUGCAUUUGCCUAGAAGGAUAUCGAGCCACAAACAACAACAAAGUGUUCAUCCCCAAUGACGGCACCUUUUGCACAGACAUAGAUGAGUGUGAGGUUUCCGACCGGUGCAGGCAUGGAGGACGGUGCGUGAACACUCGUGGGAGCUUUGAAUGCUACUGUAUGGAUGGAUACUUGCCAAAGGGUGGGCCUGAGCCUUUCCAUCCAACCAGAGAUGCCACGUCGUGCACAGAAAUAGACUGUGGCACCCCUCCUGAGGUCCCAGAUGGCUAUAUCAUAGGAAAUUAUACCUCUAGGCUUGGCAGCCAGAUACGUUAUGCUUGCAAAGAAGGAUUCUUCAGUGGCCCAGAAGAUACAGUUUCAAGCUGCACAGCCUUGGGCACAUGGGAAUCCCCAAAAUUAAAUUGCCAAGAGAUCAACUGUGGCCGCCCUCCGGAAGUGCAGCAUGCGGUCCUGGUGGGGAAUCACAGCUCCAGACUGGGCGGUAUGGCUCACUAUGUCUGUCAAGAGGGCUUUGAGAGCCCUGGAGGAAAGAUCACUUCUGUUUGCACAGAGAAAGGGAUCUGGAGAACAAGUACUUUGUCAUGCACAGAAAUAAUUACAGAAAUUAAUGACGUGUCAGUGUUUAAUAACACUUGUGUGAGGUGGCAAAUAAACCCAGGAAGAAUAAACUCCAAGAUCGUAUAUGUGAUAUACAUAAAAGGACAACGGUUGGACCCCAUGGAAACAGUUCAUGAGGAGACAGUUAAUUUGACCACAGACAACAGGACCCCGAAAGUGUGCCUAGAUCUGUACCAGGGCACCAACUACACCAUGCACAUUUCUAUUGCCUCUCCCAGACGCUCUGUGCCAGCCAUCAUUGAGUUCCAGACAGCUGGUGAUGAUCUCUUAGAAGAUGACAGGAUUUUCAAUAUUUCAGUACUUAAUGAAGCUUGUUUGAAAUUGAACAGGCAUUCUAGGAAAGUUGGAUCAGAACGAAUGUACCAAUUUAAAGUUCUAGGUCAAAGGCGGUAUCUGAAUAAUUUUUAUCACGCAACAUCAUUUAACUUCACAACGAGGGAACAAACCGCAGUGGUGUGUUUAGAUCUGUAUCCAGCAACUGAGUACACAGUGAAUGUCACCCUCCUGGGAUCUCCCGAGCAGCGCUCAGUGCAAAUAACAAUGACAACCGCACCAGCAGUAAAACAGACCAUCAGUAACAUUUCAAUAUUUAAUGAAACCUGCUUGAGAUGGAGAAGUAUGAAGACAGCUGAUAUAGAGGAGAUGUAUUUAUUCCACAUUUGGGGCCAGAGAUGGUAUCAGAAGGAAUUUGCCCAGGAAAUGGUCUUUAAUAUCACUGCCAGCAGCCAGGCUCCUGAGACGUGUUUGGACCUGAGGCCAGGUACCAACUACAGUGUCAGCAUCCAGGCUUUGUCUUCUGAACUUCCUGCGGUCAUCUCCCUGACAACGCAGAUAACAGAGCCUCCCCUUCCGGAAGUAGACUUUUUCACUGUGCACGGAGGGCCUUUACCACGCCUGAGACUGAGGAAAGCCAAGGAGAAAAAUGGACCCAUCAGUUCAUAUCAGGUGUUAGUGCUUCCCCUGGCCCUCCAAAGCACAUUUGUUUGUGAUUCUGAAGAGGCUACCUCAUUCUUUAGCAAUGCUUCUGGUGCUGAUGGAUAUGUGACGGCAGAACUGCUGGCCAAGGAUGUUCCCGAUGAUGCCAUGGAGAUAUCUAUCGGAGACAGGCUGUACUAUGGGAAAUAUUAUAAUGCACCCUUGAAAAUAGGGAAUGAUUACUGCAUUGUAUUACGAAUCACAAGUGAAUGGAAUAAGGUGAGAAGAAGCUCCUGUGCAGUUUGGGCUCAGGUAAAAGAUUCAUCGCUCACGCUGCAGCAGAUGGUAGGCGUCGGGCUAGGCUCCCUGGCUGUUGUGAUUGUCCUCGCAUUCCUCUCCUUCUCAGCAGUGUGAUUGCCAAUGCUGCGUGAAGAGGAUGCACUGCUGCUGGGGCAGAUGUUAUGACAGCUUCUCAGGUGUCUGCACAGAGGCCCUGUGUGUGCGUGGGCCUGCAAUCCCAUUCCUGGAUUCAAGACGAGAGAAAACCAGUGGGUAGUAGACGUCAAUCAAAUGGUGUUUUAAGGACCAUUUGCCUCCCACAGCCAUCGUUGGUUAAACUCAAGUGCCUGAUUUUGGAGAGGAAAGUGCGUGUGGAUUUUUCUGUGUCCGUUUGUGGGCAGGUGAUGCAGUGAGGCAGGUCAGUUUAAAAAAGUGUACGUCCAUUGUUUCAGAAAGAGAGAGAAUGACUGAGUCAUUCUGGUGACGUGUGUGUGUGUAUCCAUACCCAUACUUUUUGGGCAUAACUCAAGGUUACCAAAAUGGGGUCAAACUAGGCAUGUGGUUUGUAACAUGCAUUGGACACAUUUUUCAUGUCAAUCAUGAUGGCAUUAAAAGUUGGUACCAUAAUUUAUUUAACUAAUACUCUGUUGAGUAUUGUGCAUUUAGAGUAUUUCCAGAUGUUUACUAUUCUUACAUAUGUCUGUAUAAUCGUAUGCAGUUAUCACUUACGCUAAAUUCCUAGACUUGAAGUUGUUGGAAUGAAAACGAUAUACAUUGUAGAUUUACUACAUAUUGUCAGAGGAAUCUCAGAAAGUUUAUACCAGUUUAUGCUCUCACCAGCAGGAAGCCUUAACGUACCUGGGCAUCGUUGAUAUUCUUAAUCUUGAUUAAUCUGGUAGGUGAAAAAUGACCUUUCAAUGUUUUGUUUGCAUUUCUCUGACUAAUUUGCAUGUUGACUGGUCAUUUGUAAUUCUGUUGUGGUGAUAUGCCUUUUUUCUCAGUAGUUGGCUUGUCUUAUAUUGAUUUGAAAAAGUUCUUUGUAUUAUAGUAAUUUUCACUUUUAGCUGUCACACGUGUUGUAAACAAAUUUUCUACUUUAUUAUUUCCCUUUUGACCUGUUUGUGUCAUGCACUGCCACACAAAAACUUUAAAUUUGUGUAGUCAAAUGUAUCAGUCUCUUUCCUUACGUAUUUUGCCUUUGGUACCAUGCUUAGAAGGACCUUCCAAUCUCAAGGUAAUAACUAUAAUUCAGCAGUUAAAAAAAACUUAAAUCUUUAAUCCAUCUGAAACAUUUUAGUAUAAGGAAUGAGGUCGGGAGGGGUCUUUUUUUAUUCUUGCUAAAUGGUUUAGCCAGUUGUUCUAUGAAUAUUCCUUGACUGUUAUUUUUUUCCCCUCGUGAUUUGACUCGUAUACUGAAUCAUAUACUAGAGUCUAUUUCUGAACUUUCUCUUUGUUCUGCUGAUUUAUUUCUGUGCCAGUACCACCUGCUAUAAGUUUAAAAUAGGGGUUUUUUUUAGUACCAACUAAAAGUAAGUUACCACCCUUUUCCUGUUAAUUCUCAGAGUAUUCUCAGGUUUUAUUAUAUAUUUAUUCAUGUAUACAUAUUUAUUAUACGUAAACUAAAGAAUUAUUUGGUCAAGUUCCCCCCAAAAUCUUCAUAUUUUUCUUGGGGAUGUAUUAAAUAAAGAGUGCU